GAAUCAUUGGCAACGCCAUGUUGUUGAGGACACUUCAUAACGAGAGAAAUUGAGCUAAUGCUUUGGACAUCGUAAGGUUCUCUCGACCGAUAUUUCCGUUUUAAAUUAUUCCUAACAAUUCAUAUCGUCAAUUGAGUCUAAAACAGAGUAAAGCAUGGCAGCCGUUGUCGCUCAGAAAGGAGACGGCACCAGAACGUACACUUUUGCAAGUCAGCCCCGACCUGUUCAACAGAGGAAAAAAUUUCGCGAUCCGCUAACGCAAGAAAAUGAGAGUCCUACACCUUACGGGAACAUCAUGUAUGAUCGCAGAAUUGUCAGGGGUAACACUUAUGCUCAAAGGACUUUACCGGCGACUGCUCAGCCUGAUCCUAUAGAAAUUCAGAGACAGCAAGAAGCAAGAAGGAGAGCUAUUGCCAGAAAACGAGCAAAAGCGCAGUUAAAACCAAGGUCACCAGAACCUGUAGAGGGAAGGAAGCAUAUUGAUGUACAAACAGAGCUUUAUUUGGAGGAAUUAAGUGAUCGUGUUGAAGAAGCCGAUGUUGAAACACAGACUGACGCCUUUCUUGAUCGCCCUCCUUCUCCGUUGUUCAUCCCAGCAAAGAGUGGAGUGGAUGUUGCAACACAAAUUUUGGAGGGAGAAGUAUGUUGUCAUACUUUGAAAUCAUGGCACUUAAAUUGGAGUAUGCAAAACCGGCUUUUUUUUUUCCAGGAAACUUCUAUCCCCAUGGGUUUCCAAAAAAUGUUUACCAAUCCCCAGGUUCUUAUUUUCUUCUGUGCAAUGUUUCUGACGUUUGUUUCUUACUUUUCUUUUUUCCUGUUUGACUCUGCAGCAAUCAUAAGAGAUGUUGUCCGAAGACGCUUUGAAGUAUAUCAUAAGCUCGAAGAAGCUGCUAGACUUGCUGUGGAGCAAGAGGCAGCAGCCAAGGCAGCAGAAGAAAGAAAGAAAGCUGAAGAGAUUGCGGCUAAAGCAGCUGCAGAAGAGGCCAAAGCCCAGGCAGCAGAACAGGGUGAUCAGGAAGGUGAAGCUGAUGGUAGAGAAACAGCUGAUAAACCUGAUGAAGAUAGUGUUGCUGGAGAGGAUGGUAGUGGUGAAGCUGCUCCUGCUGUCACACCAGCAGAAUCAGGACCAAAGGAUCCUGAACCAGCAGAUGAUGCUGAAGCUGAACAAGAAUAA